AGUAGGAUUUGAAUUAAUUGUUUAGUACGUAGUAAUUCCCGACAGGGAUAGCUAGCACAUUCGUGAUAUCCUGGAUGUAGAGAGUUGGAUUAAAUUGAUUGGAAUGUGUGAAUUAAUCUGGAUAGGAUAGGUAGUGAAUUCCGGUGUUUCUCCCAUUGAUUUUCCCCCACAACUUUAAUUUGCUUGUUUUGUUUAAUUAUUAGCUAGUAGUUUCUUCACUCAAACCAUUUUCACCUAUAGUUUUCUCCAUAGAAUUGAUAGAAUAUAAGCUUGUACCAGUCCCUGAGAGACGAUACCCGGACUUUCCGGUUUACUACAAGAUAGGAAAUUGGCAUAUACGCUUUUGCCCUAUCACAAUUCAUCAACCCUAGAAGCCUAGUUGACUAUUUCAAGUUCUCAACUUGAUUCCAUCUUAAUUGUUCCAUCUGUGUCAAAAAUAUUAAAAUUCGUGUUAAAAUAAAGAACAUACAAAUCGAUGUAAAAGUAGGAAAAAUAAAGGAAUUUUUAAUCUUAGCGUUUAGAUCUUACUUACUCAUAAUAAAUGGGCCAGUUCUAAUUAUGUAUAAAUGAAUAACCAGCAAUUAUACAACAUACAUUAGACCAAAUUGAGUCCAUUAUAUAAAAAAAAAUAUUGUGUGAUGUGAUUGCUCUAAUGGUGAAGUGACAAAAUCUAGAGCAUACUUAUAACAUAUAAUUUGUGGAUUUCGAUGUGAAUAUUUAAAAUAAAAAAUUGAAUAAAAAGCAUUACUAACUUUGUUGGAUUCAAAGAAAAGUCAUCGAAAAAUUAUAUUAGUUGAUUUUUUCUUCAAAAAUAUCGAUUCUUAUUAGAUUAGCAUCCCUAGAAAACAAAUACUUUGGUCCUUUCCGCUAUCUACCGAAUUUAACAAAGCAAAAAGGAUGAUGACCCAAUUUUUAAUCAAAACAAUGGAACACAAAGUUACAACUUCAAAAGAAAAACUUACAACUAUGGAUUUUGUGAAGAUUGAAAAGUGACACAAUGUAUAAACAUCAACAUUAAGAGGAAAAGGUAAAAAAAACAACCAUCAUAUGGUAGCAAAAUCGGUAUAAGCAAAAUAUUAAGGAGCAUCAUAGCAAAAUAUUAGGAAACAGUAACUUCACUUUCACUUUAUAUAUAUAUGGUACGCUAGCCUUUGCCAUCGAGCCACGAGAUUCAUUUAAUCUAAAAAAUAAUAACCGACGGUUUCGAUUCAGCGAAAUAUAUUGAAGUGCAAAAACCAAGUGUGAACACAGGCGUACAGCGUACAACUGACGUACGCUAGCCUUUGCCAUAUAUGGUGACUUCUACGGUACCCCGGGUGAAAUCCGGGGGUACCACAUACCUGAGUAUGAAAACGCUAUCUAGACCUCGAAUUAGCAGGAUUUUUCGGCAUGAUACUAUACCCUAACCCUUAAUGAGUGAACCCUAGGUCCUAAUUAUCUAAAUCAUAAACUAUAAACCCUAAGACGGUGCUUUUUUUUUCCUAUAUUUGGACGAAUCAUAACCGUCUAUUAUUGUUUCUAAUUAAAUUGAUCUUGGGGUAUAAGAUUUUGAGAAUUAAGACCUAGAUUUUGAUCUUUAAGUGUUAGAGUAUAGUAUCAUGUCCGAAAGAUCAGUCAAUUCAAGUUCUGGAUAGCGUUUUCUUACUCAAGGUAUGCGGUACCCCGGAUUUCACCCUGGAUACCGUAGAACUCCCCAUAUGUAUAUAUAUAUACUAGGUGGCGAUGGCGCGCCUUGCCGCGGAGUGGAAAUGACCUAUAUGCAUGUAUUAUGUGGCCCGUUAUGGUGUUUUGUAGAUGGGUUUGGGUAGGGUUUGGAUAUUUACUUUCAUGAUCUAAAUGUGUAUGAGUUGGGUAUGAAUACACAUUUAUUCAAGAGAGUUUUAAUUACAGAUACAAAAAGUAAAUCUAUUUGUAGAACUUUACAAGUAUAGGUACCAAAAUGUAAUACACAAAAAAUUUAGGUACUAAAAUGUAAUAUUUCAUCAACAUUUUGUCAUUUUGAGGACUUAUAUGCCAAAAAAAUAAAUUUAGGUUAUAAAUCUAAAUAUCUAUUAAAUUUAGGUAUAGAAUUGUAAUUUGCAUAGUUGAGCCUUAAUUCAUUUUAUGGCGAUGUAUUUAAGAUGAUAGUUAUUUACUUUUUUAUAGAAAUAUGAAAACUAUUUAUUUGAUAUGUGUAGAUACCUAGUCAAAUAUUUCAUGUAUAAUUGUUGAAAAUUCUAGUCCGGGUGAAAAAGAAAAACUAUAGAGAGAAACAAAGGAAUACAAACUGGAACUCGCUUAAAAUUUCACGCCCACAAAUCUCAUACUUGAAAAUGACGACUUUCUAAUAAGUAAUAACGAUAUAUAUUUAUUUUUUAUUGGACUGGACAUUGAACUUAAAAAGUUAGUGAUACAUGGUUCAAUUAUUGGUUCUCUAGACUGCUGGUGAGUCGUGUAUGGACCCUUUUAUACUUGUGAUUAGAAUACAUAAAAAUAGUAUACUAAUUAGGGUAAGACGAAGAAGGCAAAGAAAGAAAUUAAGAAAGGGUUAUGGAAGGCGAGUGAAAAAUGAAACGAAGAGGAAGUAGAUGAUGAAAAAGUUUUGACCAAUUCUUUUAGUUGAACGUCAAUACAACAAUCUACCCUUUUCACCGUAGCAAUUUAUUGACGCUUGCUUAUGUAGAUGUCGCAUAUUUUGUUACAUGUAGUUAGUAAAAGUUUUUUUAGUACCCCGUAAAUAUACUAAAUGAGAUUAUAAAUUCGCUCUUUUAAUAUUUUAGAGUCAUCUCUCUUUUAUCAUUUAUUUAAUGGUUCACGUAAUGAGCACAUAUAAAAUGGUCGAAUCUUCUUCUACAGUUGAGUGAUACAACAUCUUGUAUUGUACAAACUAAAUUUAUACUUUUUAUGUUAUGAUGGAUUGGAUUCAUGUAUUCAAGUGAAAUCUAAACAUUGGAUCGAUAUGUAAAUUUAAAAAAUUGUAGGUACGGAAAUCUCACAAAAUUUAGAUACCAAAACAUAAUUGUUCAAUAAUUUUAUAUUAAAAUUAAAUUUGGGGUAUCAAAAUGUAAAAUGUACAUUAUAGUGACUAAGUUGUGAUUUAAUUAAAAUUGAGGCAUCAAAAUACAAAUAAGGGCUAAUACCACUGGAAAUACCAUUCUUUAGCGAAAGUGCCAUUUAUAUUACGUACUUUUCGAUAUGUCAUUUGUGUACCAAAUCGUUUCCUCCGUUAAGUUUUCCGUUAGAAAUUGACAGAAAACACAGUCAGCAUACACGUGGCAGCUGACAUGGAAAAUUUACUAAAAAUUCAUUUAUUAAAAAAAAUCGGCUAUUCCUCUUCCCCACUGCGCCUGCUUGUAUCAUCCUCGUGCGACUUUUCAUCCCCUCCCGGGGACUUCCCUCCCCCGGCACCACCAAUCGCCUCCUCUGCCCUUUCUCCUUCACUGCUUCAUCCCUCUUCGCCGCUCCACUGCUUCAUCCCUCUAGUUUGUAUUUGUGGCUACAAUAGCUCCCCUCUUCCAGUUCGCCGUCUCUCAUCCCGCCUCCUUCAACAAAUUCCCAAUUCCUUUUCCUCCAUCGCCAACCUCCGCUCGCUCUAGAUUUUUGGAGCAACGAGGAAGCUAUGAAAGGAAGCUCUUUAGAAGCUUUUGAAGGCGGAACUUCCCUCGACGUCGGCCGAAUCGGGGAAAAUCCGGUCAAUUGAUUUAGGGAUUCGAAACCAGGUUCACCCCAUUGCCGAAAGAUUUAGGUGUUUCAAAUAGGGGAAAACCAGGUCCCUUUGGAGGAUUUUCCUAGAUCAGGGGUUUCCUUACUCCAACUCAUAUUCGUUCUUGAGUGAUUUGUACAGAGAAGGUGGGGGAAAUGGAAUAGGGGAGCAAUUGCAGGUAGAAAAGCGGCAGCUCAGUCGAUGACGGCGUCGAUGGCCGGUCGCAAUCCUUGGCGGAGGACGCAUCGGAGGAGAAAGGCGUGGCCUUUCUGAUGAGUUUGAUUGAACCUUGAGUGAGUGCGCCACUAGUUUUUGAUUAAGGGAGAUCGACCGUCGGGGUUGCCGACGGAGCUGUCGAGAUCUUGCGGCGACAACAUAUUUGUUUUGUUUUUCGACUAGGUGGAGGCGACGACUACUUUUUCCUUUUAAUUAUAAUUUUUUUAUUUAAUGGGAAUAUUUAAUGGAUUAUUUAAUAGUAAUAUCAUAUGUGGCGCAUACAUGUACGCCACAUAAGCUCCACAUAAUCAAUAGUCAAACAUAGGUUAACCACCGUUAGGUCAACCGUCAAUUCUAACAGUCAACAGAAAUACGCGUAACACAAAUGACGCGAACCCCUAAUACGUUGGAAUAUUUUUGUGUUUAUUGAAAGUAUGUAAUAUAAAUGGCACUUUCGCUAAAGGAUGGUAUUUCCGGUGGUAUUAGCCCUACAAAUAAUUAGACAAUAGUAACCAAACUUCACAUUUAUAUAUAUUAAUUAAUAAUAACUAACUAA